GCUAUGCGCACAUCCUCCCCAUCAUAGCCGAAAAUUCCUCAUUCGAAAUACAGAGACGCUCGACGCGGCGCGAAAAACAUCGCAACAUAAAGCGAUUUUUUUAAACAAUUUUCCUUUUGAACUUCACGCGAACUGAUUGACAAGUUCCUGUUGGCGGCAAGCGGGUAAAGUUAGUGUUUGUGCCUGUAAAGUGCGUUUCGCAUACUGCUUCUAAGAUUAUUUUAAUUUUUGUGCGGUGUACCGAAACACUUAGUUGAUGUGAAGUGUUAUUUUUUUAUUUGUGCAUAUUUUCAUUUUGGAUUUUUUUUUGCACCGGAAUUUUUUGGUGCAAUAUGGAAAAGAGGCUGGAUACGAUAAUAGGAGACUAGUAAUUUAUAUUUAUGUAGCGAAUUUUCAUUUUUAUUCCGCGAUAAAACAAAGAUGCUGGCGUGUGUUUUAAGAGAAGUGACCUCGAUCGUCUUCUUUGCGAUACAAAUUCAUUUGAGCGCGGCUGACAGCCGGUGUCUAGACAAAAACGCGAGUAAAUGAAUAAUUAAAUUUACAUAACAUUGACAAUAUUUGGCCUAACGCAAUAAAAAAAUAUUAAUAGAUAUUGAAAAGAAAAUUGAUCGUCUGUUAACUAAGCUAGUCAGUCACAACAGUAGCAAUAGUAAGUUACCAAUAGAGGAAAUAAACUAAGGAGUAGUGUUCACUGGAAACGCCACCACGGUGGUAUGCUUUAUAUUGCACCUUGUAUCGACUGCGCGCUGACUGGUCGCUACGUCACGUGGCUUCCCGGCGCGCGACUGCAGUGCUGGAUGCUACUAACUGUAUACACGUUACCACAGCUUGCCGUCUCUGCAAAGAUAUUGUGCCUCCUGAUGGUGGUGAUCUGCGGUGCGGUGCCGUCGAUGGUUCGAUCGGUUCGCCUCUACAGCCAGUGCUCUCACAUGUACGUCAACGUCUUCCCAAACGGCACUGUUAUGGCCCGUUCCGAUGGAAACGACCAGCCGAAUCUCACCAUCAGCACACGCGGUUUAAGCUUAGACCUGCUCAUCCAUUCACCGGUACAGGAUAUGUACCUGUGCUUCAACCGUUCCCGACUAGUCGGCAGGCGACUGACGCGGCUUCAAGCGGAGAGACAACCGAACUGCCUUUUCAAAGAAGAGUUUGUAGACGGCUACAACAGAUAUCACUUAGUGAAAAACGAAGACCGUUACAUAGGGUUCAACAGGCGAGGGGCCCAGGUGAGGCGCGGGAAAAGUCACUUACCCGAACGUCAGCACAAAUGCUUCUCGUUCAUGAAGAAAGCCCACGACUUCGAUAUAAACAGGCACAACACUAUGAUUGCCGGCGACCUGCCCAAAUUUCGUCCGCAGCGUAGACUUCGGCUUCCAUCGCAAAACCCUAAUAAGCCACCCUCAUAUCACGUCCGCCAUCGCCACAGCAGGCAUCCGAGGCGAAGGAACUGCGAAGGCACGUAGACGACGCGUCUCAUCAUUUGCAGCUCAUUUACGCUUCAACGCUUCGCGCGUUUCGUUGCCAGCUGUCGAUGGACCUUGUGAGUGGACAGAGUAUUAGUCAACUACCGCAGUAUUAUUACAGUGACGAGGACUGGAUAGCGUUAGGUUAGCACACGGCCGCGAUGGCCGCGGCGUUUCAAACGUCGCAUGAAUGGUAGCUGAAGCGAGAGAGAGAGCAAACAUUUGAUUGAGGAGAAAAAGCCGAGCCGAGGGACGACGUUUGUAGCUGUGAAAUUCCUUAAGGUCGUGUAACAUCGUGGCGCUCGUUUGCUCUUGUGCCUGCGCUCGGACUCGUGCUCUAAAAGGAAAAAAGUUUUUCUGUGGAAAGAGCAAAUAGUAGUCUCGCUAGUCACGAGUGUUCCGACAGACCACCGCUGAACUUUGAUGCUUGUACGCGACGUGGAAACUAUGCGGCGCGUCGUUAUUAAUAUGUGUCGACAUUUGUCCGUUCCUUGCGACAAACCUCUUGAUGACAACGUUUAAGUUUCCGAACCUCGAUUGCUCCGGCUGGCUCGCCAUGAUAUAGUUACAGCGCCUUUACGUCAAUUCUCAGUGUAUUAUUAUUUAAUGCUUUACUGUUAAUUUAGUACGGAUCGUGUUAUCUGCUUGUAAAUAUACUAAACUUGUUUACUUAUUUAUCGAAAAAAAUCGUUAAUCAAAAAUUUGUAAGCGUAGAUGUUAGUGUAAAGUUGUAUUAAAAUGUUUUGUAUUUAAAAAGGGGUAUUUAAUCCGACCAACUGCUCUCUUGUGAUUAGCCACAGUUGAUAUGUAUGUAUGACCUAGAUUUCUUUCUGCCUCCACCAAAAACGUCUGUCUUUAUGUUUAUAUAUUAAUUUCAUGUUUGGAUUGAACUAAAUGUAUGAUUUGUGCGUUUUGUACAUAUUAUUUUUAAGUGUUUGUUUGUGAGUGAUAGGUUUCGAAUCUCUUCUGGUCCUAAAUCCGACUGUUCGACGUAAAAUGGUAUCUUUAUUUUUAAUGGAACAACCUAAGUCAUAAUAUUCCGUGAUACAUUUUAAUCUACAUUCCGUUACUUAGCUAAAUUAAAGACACCAUUGUUCACGUACUGUACCGCUAAAGUUGCAUAACUUUUUCUAAAUGAUAAAGGACAUUGUAAUAUUUAAUAUUUUUAUUAAGAUCUGUGCCAUAGUGUGGUGGCAGUGUAUGACCUUGUGUUCGCAUUGUAUCUAGAAUGUUAAGUUUAUGUCUGUAAACUGUGAGUAGAUGAAAAUUGUUUAACAUAAGACAAAUAACUGAAUUAUAAAACAUAGUGUACCCUACGCCCAGUGUCUAUUUAAAUCCAGUAUAUGCUAAUGUUUCGAUGUUGCUUUCGACGUUUAGUGUGGACGUAACCUUAGAUUCCAUAAUUUCAUUGAUGUUCUUAUAGUCGACAAUACGUAUAAAUGACAUAGAUACAUUCCAAACGAAGUGUAAAAAUAGUUUACGAUGUAUGCGCUUAAAUAAACGAUAAAUUUGUUAUAUGACACCGUUUAUGUAAUGCCGUGUCUAUAUUUAUAAUUAUUCAGAUGCUGAAAACGAAAUCAUAUAAUUGCUAAGAAAAAUUACGAAAUUAAAUCAU